AUAUCGGAUAAAGGGCUAAAAACGAUAUUUGAUACAGAUCGGUCAAACCUUCUUACGGAUAAACCAUCAACUAAAUAUCAACCGUAGAAUUUCAAUCCAAACCCAUUACUACCGUCCGAUCUCCGCACAUGUGGUCCCUCAAUCUAACGAACUAGAAAAAAAAAAAAAGAGAACGAAAAUGAAAACGAUAAAGAAAAACCUCAAAUGAAAAAAAAAAAGGUCUGACAAACACACACAUACACAACACUCGUAAACAACAAUACACAACACAGCCACUGAGCGAAACGGACUUCUAGAUUCUUCUAGAAGCUUUGGACGAUGGCGGAGAACAAGAGAUCCAUAGGCACCGUCAAGUGGUUCAGUGCACAAAAAGGUUUCGGUUUCAUAGCUCCCGAUGACGGCGGCGAGGAUCUGUUCGUUCACCAAACCUCCAUUCAAUCCGACGGCUUUAGAACACUUUCCGAAGGCCAACCCGUCGAGUUCUCCGUUGAUUUUGGUGAAGACGGACGUACCAAGGCCGUUGAUGUCAUUCCUAGAUCUCGCCGCGGCGGUCGCGGCGGAUUCGGCAGAGGAUUCUACGGUGGUAGGGGGAGAGGAGGAGGAGGAGGAUAUAGUGGUGGUGGUCGCGGUGACGGUGGUGUUUAUGUUAGAAGAGGCAGGGGUGGCCGAUCAGGAGGCGGCGGUGCUGGCGGGAGCGCGUGUUAUAAUUGUGGGCGAUAUGGUCAUUUAGCGAGAGAUUGUUAUCAAGGUGGUGGCGGUGGAAGUAGGAGGUUUGGUGGGGGUGGUGGCAGCGGCGCGUGUUAUAAUUGCGGAGAGGAAGGGCAUUUUGCGCGAGAUUGCGCUAAUAUUGAUCGAAACUGAGAGAAUAUGGAUUAGUUCCGGUUUAUUUCUCCAAGUGAUGAUAAUUCUCUCUGUUAGUCAAAUUAAAUUCUUUAUGGAUGGAUUGUUGCAUUUUCGAGGUUUCAAUGAUUGUUCCUUUCAAGAGAUGGAAGUAGCAGAUUACUUCCCUCGUUCGUUGGGGUUUUUUUUUUUUUUGGGUAAUUUUGGUAAUGUUGGUAUUUGUUUGCUUUUUUAAAGUAUAAUUUAUUGCCCUUUCUUUUUCCUUCUCUCCCUCUGUUAUUUUUUGUUUUAACAAAAAUUGAUCCCAUUUACACGUUUUAUAUGAAAUUAGUGAUUUAUUUAUUA